AUGGGCAUUGGGGAAGGCGCAAAUUUCGCUGGUUACGCCUUUGCACCCGCCUCCUUGAUUACACCGAUGGGCGGCCUUUCUGUUCUCGUCAGCGCUGUGCUUAGUUCUCACUUCCUUGGAGAGGACUUGAACUUUCCAGGGAAAAUCGGAUGCAUAGUUUGUCUCUGCGGGUCAACAAUGGUCGUAUUACAUGCACCCAAAGAGCAGGAGGUGCAAACUCUACGGGAACUGGGUGAAAAGAUCCUCGAUCCCGUCUUCAAGCUCCUGCCGUUUGUUUUACUCUUCAUCAUUGUGCCUCAGGAACCCACAACAGGUUUCUCCUAG